UAAAGAACAUCGAUGUGGACGGGCCUGUUUCCACAAAGCGAAAAAUACUUUAGCUUUCCAUGCUCAACGCUGGGGAUAGGGGUUACGUGCAGCCAACCUGUCGGACAUUGUAAUAUUUCACGAAAGCAAGCCUGGGAUAAAAUACAUAAUUGUUAGUGAGAAGAACCGCGGACUAGCGAGAGCAUCCCAAGGAUGGCGGCGUGCUUGGCUCGUGCUGGCAGGCUAAGAACGCCUAGGAUAUUCACAAAAUUAUGCAAUGGGCAAGUUUCCCACAAACUCCCAUCAAUGCAGCAGACUAUUUUCCCCCAUGUAUUACUCUUCCGCAAUGUGUCUGGCAUUCCCAUCAAAAUGCCAUCUCUGUCCCCCACCAUGUCUGAGGGAACUAUUGUAAAAUGGUUGAAGCAAGAAGGAGAAACAGUGGAGCCAGGCGACAUCAUUUGUGAUAUACAAACAGACAAAGCUGUUGUCUCAUUUGAAGUAGAAGAGGAGGGCAUUUUGGCCAAGAUUUUGAUGGGAGAAGACAGCAAAGACAUUUCUGUUGGGAAAUUGAUUGCCCUAAUGGUCCAGCCAGGAGAGGACUGGAAGUCUGUGGAGGUGCCAUCAGAAAGCUUGGAAUCGGAUGACUCCACUAAACCUGUCUCUACAUCGCCACAACCUACACCCGAAGCAACUAAAGAAUACUCUGGAAUGCGUCACGCUGGAGCUGUUCCUUCGACGGUAGGUCCGGCCGUGCGCACGCUGCUCGAACUCUACAACGUGGACGCCGCCAAGGUGACCCCUUCUGGUCCCCACGGCAACAUCGUCAAGGGCGACGUGCUCGCCUACAUCACCGCCAACCGGUUGAGUCCGCAGGCGCCCCAGGCAGUACCCGGCCCAGAUGGGGCCAGCCAGCCGCCGGCCUCCACCACGAGCCCCGCCGCCCCGCCGACGCCGGCACCGCAGCAGGAGGCCUCAGCCGAGGGCUAUGUUGACCUGCCCUUGACCAGCAUGCGCAAGACCAUCGCCAAGCGUCUCACGCAGUCCAAGACGGAAAUACCGCACGCCUACAUGCAGUGCGAGGCUCGCAUUGAUCGCCUGCUCAGCUUGCGGAAGCAGCUGAAAACUGAGGGCGUCCAGGCCUCCCUUAACGACUACAUCAUCAAGACGGUGGCGCUUGCUCUCCGGCUGCAUCCCGAAGUUAACUGUGUCUGGAACGGCGAACAGCUGGAGCGGGCGGCCGAUGUGGACGUGGCCGUGGCAGUGGCCACGGACGCCGGCCUCAUCACGCCGAUCGUGCGCGGCGCGGCCGGCCGCUCGGUGGCGGAGAUCGGACGCCUCGUGCAGGAGCUGGCCGGCCGCGCACGCGACGGCAAGCUGCGCCCGCACGAGUUCCAGGGCGGCACGUUCACGAUAUCCAACCUAGGCAUGUUCGGUGUGGACGAGUUCAGCGCCAUCAUCAACCCGCCGCAGUGCGGCAUCCUGGCGGUGGGCGGCGGUCGGCCAGAGCCGGGUGUGGACGGCAGCACGGAGACCCUGCUGACCUGUACGCUGUCGUACGACGCCCGGGCCGUGUCCGAGCAGGAUGCGGCCGCCUUCAUGGAGACGCUGGCGGCGCUGCUGUCGGCGCCCGAUCUCCUGCAGACCAGCGCGCGCCGCGAGAUCCUGCAAGUCGGCUGA